GUGUUCGACCUCGGACGCGGACUCGCAUAUCAGUCGGGUCUUAGCAGUGGUGUAGUGUGGUUAUAUGCUAAGUCUGCCAUCAUGUCCGAUGAAAAUGUGGACUUCGCUGAAGAGGUGUUCGAGGACGCGCUGGAAGACACCUGCCCCAUGGACCUGACGGCGGCGAUGCAGGCGGCGAGCCACGCUGUCAACCUCUUCUUCAACAACAGAUUUGAGGACGCCAGGAACAUCCUCAAGCCCUGGUUGGUUGUGGUGAAAGGCAGCGGUGUUGGUCCUUCUGUCAAGUUUAGGACCUUGUCGUCGUCUGAUGCACCGCCUUCGUCGUCCUCCGUCGCCAAGCCUUCGAUAGGCUGCGGCGUUGUGGUGGCGGUGGUGCAGAGCUGUGGUGCUGGUGUUGUGGUAGUGGUGCCAGGCUGCGGUGUUGUGGUGGUGGUGGUGCAGAGCUGUGGUGCUGGUGUUGUGGUAGUGGUGCCAGGCUGCGGUGUUGUGGUGGUGGUGGUGGCGGUGGUGCAAGGCUGCGGCGUUGUGGUGGCGGUGGUGCAGAGCUGUGGUGCUGGUGUUGUGGUAGUGGUGUCUAGCCGUGCACUCGCUGGCCAGAAAGACAUCGAGACGGCGGCCGAGACGCUGAAGCAGAGCCUGGAGGUGUGCAGCAGAUACCGACGCAGGGCGGGGCUGGGGGAGAGCCUGGGCAAGAUGGUUAAGAGGCCGGACUAUAACACCUACACUGACGAGGAGAUGCACGCUGAGCUGUGCUACGCGGAGGCGCUGCUGCUGCGCGCCGUGCUGUCCUUCAUUGAGGACGAGACGUUGAUAUCCUUCGUGAAGGGCGGGAUCAAGAUACGUGCCUGCUACCAGUCCUACAAGGAGUGCUGGUACAUGCUGGAGUCGCGUCGGUGGGAGGGCAACGACGACAAGCGUCACUUCGAGUCUGGCGUGCGCAUGGGCGUGGGCUCUUUCAACCUGCUGAUCUCCCAGCUGCCGGGCCGCGUCCUCAAGCUGCUCGAGUUCGUCGGCUUCUCCGGCAACAAAUCGUGUCAGUACCUGGGGCUGUCGGAGCUGCAGAAGGGCUUCGAGUUACGGGGAUCUCUGCGUCGCGUGCUGUGCGGUCUUAUCCUGCUGGGGUCUCAUCUCAUCUUCGCCUACGUCCUGGGCACUUCUGAUGGCGACAUACACCUCGCCCAGACCAUACUGGACGACCAGCUCCAGUUGUACCCGAACGGAGCGUUGUUCCUGUUCUUCGCCGGGCGACUGCACUACGUCAAAGCAGAGUUCGCGCAGGCCGCUGAGUUCUACCACAAGUCCUGGGCGAGCCAGAACCAGUGGCGGCACUUCCAUCAUGUCUGCUACUGGGAGCUGAUGUGGUGUGGCAUCAUGACGGCACAGUGGCAUGAAGGCGUACGGUACGCAGGUAUGCUGCUGGAGGAGAACAAAUGGUCGCGGGCAACUUACGCUUACAUCAAAGCCUGCUGCCUCUGCAUGCAGGACGACCUCACCGACGACCAGCGCCGCGACCUUAGGGAGACCAUGAGAAGCAUCCCAGGGCUGAAGCAGCGUAUCGCAGGCAAGAGUUUGCCCGUGGAGAAGUUCGCGGUGAAGAAGUCGCUGCGGUUCUUCGCUCAGCAGGAGCGUCUCACGCUGGCGGCGCUGGAGCUCAUCUACGCCUGGAACGGCUUCCGGGUGCUGGGGGGCAGCUUUGAGUGCCUGGACCGCCUCUACGCCCUGGCCGACGCCCAGACGCUGCGACUUGCUGGGCUGCCGGCGCGGGAUCAGGGCGACUGUCACUGGGACGACGUGUUGCUGGCGCACUUCCUGAAGGGCUGCUGCCUGGCACAGAUGAAGGCCCCCCUUCAGGCCGCUGAGUGCUUCACCUUCGUCAUCAGUAACGAGAAGAAGCUGAAGGAGGACAAAUAUCUCGUGCCCAGCGCCCUUCUCGAGGUGGCACUUCUGCAUGUGUAUGGCGAGAAGGGCGACCUGGACCAGGCUCGCACCAUCCUCGAGUAUGCCAAGAACAACUACAAGGGCUACAGCCUAGAGUCGCGGCUGCACUUCAGGAUGCACGGGAUGCUCAACAAGAUCACGGCCAUACAGAAGGGGCUCGAGACGCUGCACACCACCACUCCCACGCAGGCCGUGCCCUCGCAGCUGGUGCCCUCGGAGGUGGUGCCCUCGCAGGAUGCCGCCCCCGUCGGGCGCCAGGAACAGGCCAACGGGGGUUCACAGGGCAGUCCCCAGGACUUGGGGAGUCCCAGCUCGCUUGGGGUGCCUGAGGGGGAGGGGGGGACGAGGUACCCGGGGAUCAGCAGGUCCCCGUCCCCCUUCCCUGCUGGGGACGACAAGGGGGCGGCCUUCAAAGAUCUUCCUGAAGCCUCUGAAGUGCUCAACAUGAAGGCCUUCUGCAACAUGAAGAUUACUUAGUAAUCGCUUAAUGGUGAUUUUUGGUGACUAUUGGUGACUUAAUUGUGAUCUAGUGAUGACUGAAUGGUUACCUAAUUGUGACUAGUGGUGACCUUAUGCUGAUCUAGUGGUGACCUAAUGGUGACCUAACGGUGACCUAGUGGUGAUCUUACGGUGACCUAACGGUGGCCUAAUGGUGACCUUACGGUGACUAGUGGUGACUUAGUGAUGACUUAAUGGUGACUAGUGUUGACUACUGGUGACUAGUGGUGAUCUAUUGGUGACUAGUGGUGAUUUUAUGAUGACUUCGUGCCUGUUUGACUCACUCCGAUGUUUCAGUUGGGCUUCCACUCACCGCGGCGGCGGCGUUGAACUGAUGAUAUGCAGUCGUGCGCCCCGAUGUUCAUUAUGAAUCUACUUAAUAAAUUAAAAUUCUUCAUGAAUUUAUUCAAUGAAUGGAGUUCAUUAUGAGCGCAUACAACAAAUUAACGCUCAUUACGAGUUUACUCAGCAAGUGUUAGAAUAUUGUAGGGAGAAGAAUUUUAGUGCGCUAUAUGACAGUAUUUCUACUAAGUUCAUUUAUGUUGAACUGACUUGUGAUUUUAAUUUUAUUGUCCCUUUUAUUUGCCUGUACAAAACUUGAUUUUAGUCUCCCUCUUAUGUUCCUGGUAUUUUUGUUGCUUUUCCGUCACUCGUUUAUAUUCAUCAUGUACAAUUAUAUAAAAUUACCAUCAUUUUUGUGAUAGUUCACUUGUGACGCCUUCUACUGCUCGUAGUUUAUAUAGACUAUUCCUGCGUACUUUUAUUUAUAUAUGCAAGUUUGAUUGACGACCAGAGCAUGCUUCUUAUUAACAAUCUUCAUAUUUGUUUUUUUAAUGAGUCGAACGAAAUAUCUUAAUAGCGCCGGGAGAUCAAAAAGCAGGUUACCAAAUGACAUUUUAAUGGACUGCGACGUUUCGAAAAUAUAAAAUUCAUUAUCAAGUUAAGAGAAACAUUAAAUUGGAUUGAACUCAACUAUCCAUUUUGGAUUGGGCCCCAGCUAUCCAUUUUGGAUUGGGCCCCAGCUAUCCAUUUUGGAUUGGACCCCAUCUAUCUAUUUCCAAACUACCGGAUUCGUCUAAACUUUGAGAUUGUUUGCGGAGGAACUCUCUGACUCGAAAUAUUUGUGUUGUAUCUUAUUUACGCGCUUUAUGUACCUAUGUCCAACUAAAUUCCAUUAUUAAAUGCUUCUCUUAACUUAAAAAUGAAUGUUGCCACAUUC